ACACGUAGACGGAUGUAACUUUGCAGACGCUCCCUAAAGCAGAUGGGCGCUCCCCUUGUUCUUCGGUGCUGAUGCAGCCAGCCAGAAGCAUCUAGCCGGACGUAGCUGCGCUACAGUGGAUAUUAAAUAAAGUGAUGCUUUGACAGUCUGCAAACCUACUUGUAAAACUCAACCCUUCGAAAUGCCGGCAUAUUUGGACUCGAUCGGUACGAAGAGUCCCACUUUUGAGCCGUGGUCCACCUUGUCAUUGGAGCAAGAUGUAUUGGAUGCCCAGGAAAAUAGCACAUCAGAGAGAUGCUACCUCGCACACUCACGCAGCAGUGUGCUGCAGGGUCUGCCCUUUGGUGGAGUGCCCACUGUCCUCGCCAUUAACUUCACCCUCUGGCUGUUCUUGUUGCUGGUCUUCUCCUGUUUGAGAAAAGCAGCAUGGGACUAUGGACGACUGGCCCUGCUGAUGGAAAAUGACAGCUUAACAUCACUCUUUCAUGGUGAGCAAAGUGAGAAAGAGAAGUCUCCUUCUGAAUCCAGUCCAUCAGACUCUGAGACCAAAGACAUGGGCUUCUUUUCCUGGCUCACAUCUCUCUACCACAUGAAGGAUAAGGAGAUCCGGACCAAGUGUGGCAUUGAUGCGGUUACGUACCUGGCAUUUCAGCGCCACAUCAUCCUCCUCAUGGCUGUAGUGUGUCUGCUCUCGCUUACUGUCAUCCUCCCUGUUAAUCUUUCCGGGAGCCUCCUUGAUGACAGUCCUAAGAAUUUUGGUCGGACUACAGUGGCUAAUGUUUCAGCACAGACCAGUUUACUCUGGUUACACAGUAUCUUUGCUCUUCUGUACUUUGUAAUUACAUUUCUCUGUAUGGUGCACCACUCCUCGAGAUUGGAAUACAAAGAGGAUGAGAAGGUGGCCAGAACACUAAUGAUCACCAACAUCCCCCGAGAGAUUUCUGACCCAGGCCUGAUUACCAAACACCUUCAUGAGGCCUACCCCAGCUGUACAGUCACAGACAUCUGCUUCUGUUUUGAUGUGCACAAGUUAAUGAAGCUCGACUCAGAGAGACGAAAAGCAAUGAAGGGGAGGAUGUAUUUCACCACUAAAUCCCAGAAGGAAGGACUGAUCAUGAUAAAGACUCACCCCUGUGCCCAGAUCCUGUGUUGUGAUCUCUGUGGGUUUGAACAGGUUGAUGCAGACCAGUACUAUAGUGAACUAGAAGAGAAGCUUACAGAUGAGUUUAAUGCAGAAAAGAAUCGGAUUACCAUGAAGAGACUGGGCAUUGCUUUUGUCACGUUAAGAGAUGAAAGGAUGACUGCAGUCAUAGUAAAGGACUACAGGAGGUCAUGCUGCCGACGGAGACUGCAACAGUCCAGUAUCUCCACAGUAGUGCACUCACACCAGUGGGGUGUCCGCUAUGCCCCUGCUCCCAAUGACAUAAUUUGGGAAAAUCUGUCUGUAAGUGGCUCUCACUGGUGGCUCAGAUGUGUCCUGCUCAACAUUCUUCUUUUUCUCCUCCUAUUUUUUCUCACCACUCCUGCCAUCAUUGUCAACACUAUGGACAAAUUUAAUGUCACACGACCUGUAGAAAGCCUUCAGAAUCCAGUUAUCACACAGUUCUUCCCCACUUUGCUCCUGUGGGCAUUUUCUGUUCUGCUGCCUUUCAUCGUCUAUUACUCUGCCUUUUUUGAGUAUCACUGGACCAGGUCAAGUGAGAAUCAGAUUACUAUGCAUAAAUGCUUUCUACUACUGGUCUUUAUGGUCAUAAUUCUACCCUCUCUUGGCCUUUCCAGUUUGGAUUUGUUUUUCAGGUGGCUUUUUGACAUUCACUUUUUGUAUAAGAAAGAUAUAAAGUUCCAAUGUGUGUUCCUGCCUGAUAAUGGAGCAUUCUUUGUAAAUUACGUAAUCACAUCAAGUCUGAUUGGCACUGCAAUGGAGCUGCUGAGGAUUCCUUCGCUGCUGGUAUACUCCCUACGCCUCUGCUUUGCUAGAUCUAAGGCUGAACGUAUCCAUGUUAAACGAAGUCAAGCUUAUGAGUUUCAGUUUGGAUUAGAAUAUGCCUGGAAUAUGUGCAUCCUUUCUGUCAGUAUGACCUAUAGCAUCACCUGCCCCAUCAUUGCACCUUUUGGGCUGUUGUAUCUGAUUUUGAAGCACAUGGUAGAUCGCUAUAACAUCUACUAUGCCUAUAUCCCCACAAAGCUGAGCCAGAAGAUCCACUCAGCCGCUGUUAGGCAGGUGCUCAUUGCACCCAUUCUCUGCAUGUUCUGGCUGCUCUUCUUCUCUGUGCUUCGACUCGGUCCAUUGCAACCCAUCACUUUUUUUACAUUUAUCUCUUUACUCCUCUGUAUCAUUCUCUCUUUCUUUGGGCUAUGUCUAAAAAAAUUACAGCUGGACAAAUCAACCAGCUAUCAGAUGUCUGAUCAGACUACAGAAGGAGCCUACAGUGAAACUGAGAGAAGCACUGUGUCCUCCACGGCCACUGCUAAUCUCUUCAUAGCAUCAGUCUUGAUGGAACCAGAACUGGCUCUGACACCCAUGCCCUCUCCUGCACACCAGAGCUAUGGGGCUAUGGGAAACAGCCAGUCUGUGGAGCCUGAGGAAGAAGGAGCUACAAGAAAACAUAUGGAGGAGACAGUGGAGACAGAGCUUGAAGACACACCUGGCCCCUCCUGCUCCAGCAAUUUGAUGGACAGCCCAGUAAACCACAAAUGACCCACACUCCUCACUACCAGCAAAACAAAAGCCACCUGCCUCAAGUCACCAUAGCCAGAGGCACAAUGCUGCAUUUCCCUUUUUUUUCUCCAAAAACAUUACAGAACUUGAUCAGGGCCAGUUUGUGGCCACCCAGCCUGUCUGUUUUUCUCUCUCUGUAUAGCAGUCUGUCUUUUUCUCUUCUUUUCUAUUUUUCUUGGUUUUUCUGGCUUAUGGCAUCUGGCACUGACUGAAGUAUGAAAAACUGGACCUUGUACUUUGAAGCAGCAUUUCCUCCUCUUCACCAAACUCUAAGGUCAUUUCCACACUCUGUGUUUUUCUGUGCCUGCUCAGUAUGACUACAAAUAAGUGAACUGAGAAGAUGUCUUUCAAUGAAAGAUUCUGCUAAAAUUGA